AGACGGAAGAAGGCACCCCAAUCUCCGCCUUCUCUGCUUCAGGGUCGUUAAAGCAGACUGGGAAGCAAAGGUCCUACUUACAAGAAGGGGACAUGGCAGGGAUUAAAGCCUUGGUUGGUUUAUCAUUCACUGGAGUCAUUGGUCUAACAUUUCUUAUGUUGGGGUGUGCCCUAGAACAGUAUGGUAUCUAUUGGCCCUUAUUUGUCUUGAUAUUUUACUUCAUAACUCCUGUCCCUCACUUCAUUGCAAAAAGAGUAAGUGAUGAUACUGAUGCUGCAAGCAGUGCCUGCAUGGAAUUGGCGUAUUUCUUCACAACUGGAAUAGUUGUUUCUGCCUUUGGAUUUCCUAUCAUUCUUGCACGUGUCGAAGUGGCUGGAGUGGUUCUUUUGCAUUCUCUGUGGCUCCAAGGACAAAAUACCAUCCUCAGAGCCAGCACUGAGUGGACAUUCCAGGGGAUAGGAGUCUAUCCCAGUGAGACCUCAGCCUUUCCUCCUUGCAAGUAGAAGCAAAGAGGCCAAAAUCAGCGGUCUAAGUGUUUUGCUCUGCAGGAGAAGUGCAGAGGAUCUUUGCUUCUAUGGUCCUUCUGUCCAGAACAAGAUGCCUCAGUGGACUGGCUGUAAAUGGGUGCUUCCAAAGCAGCUUUUAUUGAGCAAUUUCCCUGCUUCAGUCAUACCACUAGAGAGAGCUGCAGCGCCUUCCUUUUCUUACCAAAAGACGUUUUGCUAAAUGCUAGAGAGCAAGAAAUAAUUAAGUCAUGGAAACAAGCAUCUUUAUGCAUGGGGGUGUUAUAGGGAGAAAUAAAAGCUAUAUAAUACUUAAAACACAAAUAGAUCUAUUAAAUUGUAAAAACAUGACCUUAAUAAAGUAUAGCCCAACACAAAUUCUGGUUAGAAUUUCUAAUUCUAAUGUUCUAACUUAUAUGGUGUGUGUGUGUGUGUGUAUGAAAUUUAAAAGUAGCAUGAUAUUCACCACACUUACUUGGAUUGGUGCCAUUGAUUUCAGUGGGACAUGCAAGGCAAUCCUAAGAUAUUUGCUCUGAUGUAAGUAAUGUUCUGUAGUAAGUUUCAGCUUUAUUCCCAAGUAAAUCUGCAUUAAAUUUGAUGCCUCAGCUGAUACUCAAACAAUUUUAGAUGAAAUUAAGACAAAUGUCUUAAUCUUAGCUUUACUAGUUGGGAAAAUGUUAAUAAAAUAAGAAUGGAAAGAUUGAUGUAAACAACAAGAAGAGUUAAUAUCACAUCUUAAGUUUUUUUUUUUUAAAGAGUGUAAACCUGUUGACAGCAUUUGUUUUAAUCCAAUAUUUUAUUUAUUAAAUUUUAUUCUGCUUUAUUGGCCCAAGUGCCCUCUAAGUGGAUUACAGUAAUUAUGAUUGCAAUAUUGUACACACGGUUUAUUACUUUAUAAUUUAUUAAAAUAUUAAUAGGACUAGUACCAACCAUAUACUAUUAUGAAGAAACAGCAAUACAUCUGAACCUUGAAUAAAACAUUAAUUUCUCAUCAUAAUCCAGUAUAAGACUACAGCUGUAUUCAUAUUUUCAGGGCAGUAAAAUUUAACAAUUCCUGGAAAUACCAUAUUGAAGUAUGGAAGAGAGGAGGAGAGAGAGGGGAAGGGGGAGCAUGUGUACAUAGAUGGUUUCUAGUCUGAUAAACUUCAUUUGGAUUUGGAUAAUGAUGUCUGGACUAAGCUACCAGGCUGGUAUUUAUUUAUUAUAUUUAUAUCUCACCUUUUUUCCUUCAAGGAGUCUGGCUCAGGUAGCUCCAUGGCUGAGUAAGAUGUAGGGAGGAGUCCUAUUCAUACACUCUAAAGUAUUGCACUGGCUCUGUUUUGAAUGAUAACCACAGCUCCCCAUAGCUUGUUUGAGCUCAUUGGAAUGCAAUGCAUGCCAAGGCUACUUUGAAUAAUUAGUCCCCAGCUAGGAACUUCCAUAGUUUGUUGUGCUAUCUGUACCGGGGUGGCAGGGGUUAUUUGAAAAAAUAAACAGCCUUCAAAUGAUGUUACAACAGAACCUAGCUAUCCUCAUGCAAAAUCAGUCAAUGAAUCAAAUUUAUUUUUCUAGUAGCAACUUGUAUCUGAAAGCUUCUGAUUCUGAACUUUUACUUGGAGCUUCACAAAGUGGAGGACUUUUCAGGAACCAAAUAAUGUUUCUCAACCUUUAUGUGGGCCUUUUUCUUAAUAGUGUGUAUAUUUUCAAAAUUUUGCAACUGAUUUCUGUUUACUGUACAAGAUGAAACAAAAGAAUAUGGCUAUCUCACUUAGGGGCCCUCUUUAAAAUUUUGAAGCAUGAGUCUAUGGAUUUUCUGCCAUAGACUUUAUUGAAGUUCUCAGAAAGAAUUCAGGCCAGGGAAUCUUUCAUUAAACUGUAUUAAAUCCUUUAACAGCUGCCACCAAAAUAAGCCCUCUGUACCUUACAGAAUCUUUGUUCCUGUGGCAUAGACAUGGGAUGGAUACCAUGGAUAAGUUUAUAAGAGGUUCAAAGUUAAGACAUCUUAAAGGAAUUAUUUUCAUGAAGAAUUAAUAAUUUCCUUAAGUUUUUCAAAUGAUAGGUCUUCCUAAGUUAAGUAACAGUGUUUCUCUCAGAUUAGAUUUCCCUGUUUUUCAAGCCAGCUAGUCAUUCCCAACCAGGAACAGAUACCAUACAACAGACUUUCUCUUCCUGAUGUUGCUUCUGGCUUCAAGUCUUGCUUGAAACUCUCUGGUCUUUGGGUCCUCUAAUCUAAAUCAAUUACACUCAGACCCCUCAUCAACUGGCUAUCUUUUAGUGACCAAUCAGUACCUCUUUAUAAAGUUUCCAGCCAUCAAUCAAAUGCGUUGCUCCCUUCAUCAGUCCAAUUUUGUUGUAUUAUCCAAAUGGUACAUGAACAUGUAUUAACAGACUGGAAACAUCUUCUAAUCUGCUUUAAAGAGUCAGCUUUAAGUCUCAUAUAACAACAGUAACUAAGGCAGCCUCCCAAGCUUGUGCCUGAUACAUACUUCUGGCCCACCUGGUUACAUUGUGAGUUCACUUAAAUGGUACUCAGCAAAUGUAAACAGAACAAAACACAAAUAAACUUAAAAUUUCACAUGAGGAAUCUGAGGAAAUUGAAAAGCAAAAAAAAAAAAAAAAAGGCAAGGUGGGGAGAUAUGAGUUAAUGUUGGUCUUCAAAAUCUGAAAGUAAUUUUCCAGUACCAGAUCCUAACAAUGUUGCAUGUUAAGAUUUUGAUUCUGUGCCCACUUACUUAAGAGUAAGCCCUAAAGUUAUUCAUUGUACUGUUAAUAAUCCAGUCAAGCACAGUAACAGUGGCACAUAAGUAACCAGACUGAUUACUUUUUAAUCUUGAUUCUAACAGUGAUUCUGUGGCCCCUAGACAGGUAAGAAAGAUCUUAGAGAAGAGAUUUAGGUGGUGCUCUGGUAUGGUGGGUGGGAAGGGGUGCGAUGCUGCCGAUAUAAGAUGGGUCCUAACAGCACUCCCAUUCUGAAGUGCUGCAGUUGAAAGGAUGUAAUAAGCCAUCUAGCUGCUUUGCAGGUUGGGAGGAACAUGGAGGCCAUGUUUGCCUCCAUGCUGCUUUCAGUCUGCAUAGUAUGCCCUUAAUUCGCCUGAGUUCAGAGAUUUACAGGCAGCCUCACUGAUUUGUGUCCUAACAAUUUAAAGGAGUGAGGGGUUUUUUUCUUACCAUCUGAUUUUAAAAUACUAUUUUAAAAAG